CGAGAAAACGCCACCUCCCAGAAACGCACCGCCGCUCAAUUCGCUUAUUCUUCGUCUUCGGGGCACCAGGUUUGCUCCAGACUCUCUCGGAGAGGUUCAGUUUGAUGAUUAUAUGUAAUAAAAAUAUAUAUUAGCUGCGAAGCGAAGAGUGACGGUGGCGCUUUCGGGGAGGCGAGGACUGUCAACCUUUUCUAAUGAGCUAACUGCUGUCAGAAGAUGGGAGGUAUCUCUUCGGUCUGCUGUCACCUAAGCUAACUAGAUGUGAAGAAGUCCCUCCAGUCGGCUAACUAGUUCCCCCAGAGCAACUUCAGAGAUGGAGGAAGUUGACAAAAUCCUGAUUCACGCCCUCAAACAAGUCGGCACGGAGCUGAGUGAGGAGACUGACAGCGUCAAACAGUUCAGCAGCGAGCUGAUCGUGGAGGCGGCGGUCAGAUGUAUCCGGGUGAUCGAUCCGGGUUUGGGCAGCGCGUUGCCCACCUCCCUCCCUCCCGGCAUGUCCGCCCGCUUCAGAGUGGGCAUGAGUCUGGCGCAGGCCUGUCAGGACAUUGGCUAUAAAGGAGAGAUCGGCUACCAGACGUUUCUGUACAGCAACGUGUCAGAGAUCCGCUCCUUGUUCAUGUUCCUGGUGGAGAAGCUGCCUAGAGAGAGCGCAGAGGCCUCAGACCAGCCCACAGGGAAGUCGGUGGUCCUUCAGAGAGCCAUAGUCGCUGCAAUCAAAGCCCAGCUGGCGGUGCCCUGGCUGCCUCCAAACUGCAGACUGCCCCUGCAGUGUGACACACAGGGUGUUGGAGCUUUGCACACUUUCCAUGCUCAACCCCUCAGUUUACCACACUGCUGCACUAAAAACACAGACAAGAAGCACCAGAAAGAAGUGAAAGACUACCUGCGCGACGUUCUUCCUCCAGUGACCUCCCAGCUUUCCCAUCAGUCCUCUCUGGUGUCCUCCAUCCUGGAGCAGCACACGGCUGAGCUGAGCGCUGCUCAGGAGUGGGACAACGAAUGGAAGAGUCAGGGGCUGCUGUCUCGACUCACGCCGCAGGAGUACCGGUCCAGAAAACUGACCCGGCUGCAUAAACGCAUCAAGGAGCAGCUGUCCUCCGCUGCCGUCUCCUCCCCCGAACGUGCCUUCGGUGCUCCGUGCUCCACGUCCGAUUUAUCGGAGGUGCUGCAGACCUUCAGGGGCGCCGCCCCCUCCGACCAAAUCCUCGUCAAGGGCACCCACUUCGUCCACUCGCAGAAGUUCGCCUUCACGCAGGAAGACGCGGCGGUAACGUCCUCCAUCCCCACCGGGCGUCAGGCGGAGGGUGACGUCCAGCUCAGCCAGCAGGAGGAGCUGUCUUCCCUCCAGCAGCAGUUCCAGCUGCUCUGCUCUGAGGCCGACCAGCUGGCAGCCGACAUCAAGCACAUCAUUUUCACUAAUGCACAGGUGUCGGAUGAGCUGAAACAGAGAGAAGUGGGCAACUCUGAAAAAGAGGAGAAGAUGCAAGUGAAGAAGAAAACCAUUGGCCUGUUGCCAGAUGUGGACGACAACCUGGUGAAGCUCCAGGAUCUGGUGGAGGCCAGCGCCAAGCGGGUGGUGAACCUGGCCUGUCAGUGGGAGAAACACCGAGCUCCGCUCAUCGACGAGCACCGACGACUCAAAGAAAUCUGCAGCAGCCAAGAGCUGGAGUCGUCCAGAAAACUCUCUGAAAUCAAGUCCCUGCACGAUAAAAUCAUUGUGUCUACAGAGGAGGCCAAGAAAAAGGAAGAAACAUACAAACAACUGGUGACGGAGUUAGAAAACCUGCCUCAGGACGUGUCUCGGUCGGCGUACACUCAGAGGAUCCUGGAGAUCGUCGGCAACAUCAAGAAACAGAAGGAGGAGAUUACGAAGAUUUUGUCCGACACUAAGGAGCUGCAGAAAGAGAUCAACACCCUGACAGGAAAACUGGACAGGACCUUCGCUGUGACCGAUGAGCUCGUCUUUAAGGACGCCAAAAAAGACGAAUCCGUGCGCAAAUCCUACAAGUAUCUGGCUGCCUUACAUGAAAACUGCAAUCAGCUGAUCCAGACCAUCGAGGACACUGGGACGAUCCUGAGAGAGAUUCGGGAUCUGGAGGAGCAGAUUGAGACGGAGAACGGGAACAAAACCGUGGCCAACCUGGAGAGAAUCCUCGACGAUUACAAAUCCAUUCGACAGGAGAACUCGGCGCUCGCCGCCAAAGUCCGAGAGGCUGAAGGAGGAGCCCCCCCCCUCACCCCCUCACCCCCUUUCCACCUCCCCCUCCCUUCGCUUUGCUCUGUGGGACCACCGGAGUGAAAACCCCGGAGCCAAAGACGCUUCACGGCAGAGUCUCCUGUCCAUUAACACACCCAAGACCUGCUUUUUUUUUUUUUUUUUUUUUUUUUUUUUUCCUCCCCCGUAGACAGACGAGAUGAAUCGGCGCCAUGGAAACCGAUCUGGGUUUUUUUUAAUGUUUUCGCCCUGGACGGAGCCACAAACUGAAUCCUGUGGCGGUGCAGUGUGUCGAGGUUUGAUUGAAUGAAUGAAAACAGAGCAGCAGGUCAGCAGAGCACGCUGCUGUCAAAAGCCUUUUCUAGCGUUCAUAUUAUCGUACGAACUUUUUUUCACACCGGCUCCGAUUAGAAUCAAAUCCUAGACUUUAAUAAUAAUAAUAAUAAUUAGCCAUUUUUAAUACAUUAAUUAUUCCUCCAUCGUCCGACAUCUUUCCUUUUGUCGUAAUCAUCAUCAUCAUCAUCAUCAUCAUCAUUGGAGUGAAUGACAUUUGAAUGUAGUCUGUUAAUAAAAGUUGUCCAGAUCUAUCAGCAAAGUAUUGUUGUGUAUAGAUGAUGGUACCAGCUCAAAUAAAAAAAGGCCUUAAAGACUGGAAGACG